AUGAAUUUGACCGGAAACUCUCAUAAGGACCUUGAAGAGGACCUCUUGGGGUGCUUCAAGGUUAACGUCAUCGCAAACGUCCACUGGUUCAACCUCUACAUGCCGCUGGUCCUUAAGGUAAACAUCAAAAAGGUCAUCGCCAUGACCUCCAUGUUGGCCGACAUCGACCUCAUCAACCAAUACCACGUCGACUUCUGUGCGCCCUACUCUAUCAGCAAAGGGGCAAUGAACGUUGCUAUCAGUAAGUUCCACGGCCAAUACGCCAGGGACGGGGUUUUAUUCAUGGGGAUCUGCCCCGGGUUGGUCGAGACAGGACGCAGUGACAAUCGUGAGUUUGACUAA